AUGAAUUUCGCAUUUUCGAUGGCUGAAAUAUACAGCUAUUGUUUUGUUGUUCUCAUGACAUGUUCCGCUUAUGGAGACGUGAGCUAUUCUUUUCCGGAGGAGUUGAAACACGGAUCUGUAAUUGGUAAUAUUGCCAAGGAUCUUGGACUCGAUAUGAACAGACUGUCAGUUCGUGAUGCUCGCAUUGACAUUGAAGGUAACAACAAGCGUUACUGUGACAUAAAUCGGAGUACUGGAGAGCUGACCAUAGCCGAAAGGAUCGACAGAGAAGCGCUUUGCGGAAAGAAGGCUUCUUGUGUAUUGAAACAAGAACUUGUGUUGGAAAAUCCAUUAGAAUUACAUCGCAUCACCCUUCACAUUCAAGAUAUUAAUGACAAUUCCCCUCAGUUUAAAAAGGAAUUAAUUCGAAUUGAAAUAGCGGAGAGUGCAGCAAAAGGAACUAAAUUUCAGCUGGAAGAAGCUCACGAUGCUGAUAUUGGGUUGUACUCAUUACAGAACUAUUCAUUGCAAAGGAACGAUCAUUUCAUUUUGGUGGUCAAAUCGAACACAGCUGGUGAUAAAUACAGUGAAUUAGUAUUAGAUAAGGAGCUUGAUCGUGAACAGCAGCAAGAGGUCACCAUCAUUCUCGUCGCGACUGACGGUGGGACACCCCCGAGAACAGGCACUGCAUCCAUACAAGUCACGGUGCUGGAUGCAAAUGACAAUGCCCCAGUGUUUACUCAGGCUGUCUCUGAAGUCAGUUUGCCCGAAAAUUCUCCUCUUAAUACGCUUGUAGUUGCAGUUAGCGCUACUGAUGCUGACGAAGGGGCAAAUGGAGAGGUGAUGUAUGAAUUUGGAUAUGUUUCAGAGGAUGAGGCUAUAUUAUUUUCAAUAGACGCACAAACUGGAGAAAUUAGAGUAACUGGAAAUGUUGAUUUUGAAGAAGGAUCCUCAUAUGAUUUACGAGUUAAGGCUAAGGAUGGUUCCGGAUUGGUAUCGUACACAACAGUGACAAUAACAAUAACAGAUGUUAAUGAUAAUGCUCCGCUGAUAUAUGUGAAAUCGCUGAAGAGUCCCAUUCCUGAGAAUGCACUACCCGGCACAGAGGUUGGCAUCAUUAACGUGCAGGAUGGAGAUUCCGAUGAUAACGGACGUGUCCGCUGCUCCGUACAGCAAAACGUCCCUUUUAAACUCGUAGCAUCAAUCAAAAAUUACUAUGCUUUAGUGACUACAGCAGAAUUAGAUCGCGAGUUAGUGUCCGAUUAUAACAUUACAGUCACCGCGACAGACGAGGGCUCUCCACCUUUGACUUCUUCCAAACACAUACAGUUAACAGUAGCUGACGUCAAUGACAAUGCACCUGUGUUUGAAGAGCAGUCGUACAAAGCCCUGUUGGCUGAAAAUAAUAAACCAGGUUCCUCUAUCGUCUCUGUAACCGCCACAGAUCCUGACUGGAGACAGAACGGCACUGUGUUUUACACUCUUUUACCCGGAGAGGUUAACGGUCACCCUAUAUCCUCAUUCGUAUCCAUUAAUGGAGACACCGGAGUGAUCCAUGCUGUGAGAUCGUUCGAUUAUGAACAGUUCAAAAGUAUGAAAGUGCUCAUCUCAGCCAGAGAUAACGGUUCUCCUCCCCUUAGCAGUAAUGUAACCCUCAGCGUCUUCGUAACAGAUGAGAAUGAUAACUCACCUCAGAUACUAUACCCCACAGCGGAGGCGAAUUCUGUGAUGACCGAGAUGGUGCCCCGAGCUGCCAACGGUGGCUCCCUGGUGUCCAAGGUGAUAGCGGUGGACGCAGAUUCUGGGCAGAACGCGUGGCUUUCCUAUCACAUCGUGAAAGCAACUGAUCCUGGACUUUUCACUAUCGGUGUCCACAGCGGUGAGAUCAGGACACAGCGGGAUGUUGCUGAGUCUGAUGCCAUGAAACAGAACCUUAUUGUCUCCGUGAGAGAUAACGGACAGCCCUCUUUUUCAGCUUCAUGCGCUAUGUAUUUACUGAUUUCAGACAACUUAUCUGAAGUUCCAGAACUUAAGGAUAUGUCUUACGAGGACAUCAACUCCAAGCUUACAUCAUAUUUGAUCAUAGCACUGGUGUCAGUUUCGACAUUAUUCAUCACUUUCAUUAUUUUUUUCCUGGUUUUGACGUUGUGCCGUAGGAGAAAGUCUAGAUUGUUCCAUGGAGCCAUUGCAAUUCCCAGCGCGUAUCUGCCAUCGAAUUACACCGAGGUGGAGGGCGCGGGAACUCUUCGUAGUAUUUACAAUUAUGACGGAUACAUGACCACUGGCUCACGUACCAGCGACUUCAAAUUUGUCAGCUCUUACAAUGAGGGCACGCUGUCUGCUGACCUAACUCUCAAAAAGACUGAACCAGCUUGCAACGUGCUUGAAGGGCUUGUUGAUGACAGGGCAGAGGUAUGUCUUACUCGUUAUCGCGAUUCUCUGACGUCAUGA